CAUCAAUAUUGAAAUAAUGCCUCGCAUGCUACCCCUUCGCUACUAACAGACAAUAUAUGAAAGUUUCAUUAGCCCAUCGGCAUCCAUCCAUACCCACGCACACUCGUUAGUUCUUCACGCGCACACACACACUCACACACACCACGAGGAGCGGAUGCGAAGUAAUAAAGAGGGACAUACCUGAUUAUCGUUGUCUGGGAGUCGAGCGUCAUGUAGCUAUGGUAAAAGGACGCCAUUCGUUGCAGAAUAUCACAUAUUUGGCGGUAGGAUUCUGCUUUCAAGCCAAAGAAGAGAUAUUUGUGGAUGAUUUAUAAUUUCGGAUUAUGCAGAAAAAUGGAAAGAUGAUAUGAUCAUCAUUUUAUUUGCAUCAGAGAUUAUGGAGGUUGUGUAUAAAGUAGAAAUGAUUGCCCGCUUCUCACACGGACAACGUUCAUUGUAAUUUAGGUCAGAUAACCUUAACACGAUGAAUUUGUGAAGAUAUUGUGAGCUACUGAAUUGCAUGAAUCUGACGGAAAUCGGAAGGCAACAUGGGAUGCGGGGCAUCCCAGAAGAUGAAACAAAUUGAGCACGAGGAGAAGGAAAGAUUGAAGAGAAAACAAGACGAUAUGGACAAUAAGGAGGGUGAAGAAUUUGAAGAGGAAGAAGUUAUGGACGAGCAUGGGAACAAGAAGAAAAAGAGGAAAAAGAAAAAGAAGAAGCCCGAAAAAGACGAACAUUUGUUGUUGUCCUUCAAAGGACAUAAGAAAUGUAUAAACUGCAUGUCGAUGAGUGAAGAUGGGAGUUACAUUGCAACAGGGAGUGACGACAAAACGGCAAGGGUUUGGCAUGUUUUCGAUGGAUCCUUGAAGGUCAUUCUCAAGGGCCACACCGGUUACAUCACAUGUUGCCAAAUAUACGAGGAGUUCGUCUUUACGGGUAGUGCUGAUCGCACGAUUAGGAAAUGGAACAUCGAUGAAGGCACGCAAGAACUGGUGAUCGAAGGCCACGGUGGAGCCAUCAACCGUCUCAUCUGUACCGGAGACUUUCUCUUCACCAGCUCGUAUGACAAGAUGGCGAUGUGCUGGGACCCUGACGAUGGAGAACUGCUUCACAUCUUCCGUGGUCAUUCGCGAUCCGUUACUCCAUUGAUGUACAUUCCCGCCGAAGAUGCCAUGAAGGAAGACGUGGUCGACAUGGAUCUCAACAAGGAUAUCCUCAUCACGGGAAGUGCUGAUGGAACUGCCAGGGCGUGGAACAUGGACUCGGGAGACUGUAUGAUUACGUACCGUGGCCAUAAAGCAGCCAUACACUGUCUUGGGGCUGACAGUACUGGAACAGUGCUUUAUACAGGGAGUGGCGACUUUACAGUGAAUAGUUGGAACAUUAACACAGGAGAGAUCUUUAAGACUUUUACAGGCCACCAAGGAUCGGUUAUCUGCUUACAGGUAGGUUAAAAAUAAAGUUUGAUAUAUCAUUUUGUAUAAAGACCAGAUUGCAGCAGAAGAAAGUUCAAUGCAUCAAUUAUAAAAAAAAAAAGCAAAAACAAAUACACGUCACAUUGGAGAUUCAAAUUUCGGAAGUAAAAAAGUGAGUUGAUACAGUUAGAAAUGCAUCAGUCCUCAUUCGUAAACUCAAUUUGUGAGGAUGUCAAGCUGAUCCAGAGUAAUAUCCCGAUAAGAACUAAACGGGGUCUGUGGGAGAUGCCUUAGGGAUAUUUUAGCAGAUUUAACUAGGGGUUUAAUACAUCUGUGAUGUGUUUCUAAAUGAGGAAUUAAAUCAAUCACAGAGAAGUCUAUCGGAUAGCAGUUAUUUCAUCUUAUCUAUACAGCCUAUUAGUGAUGAAUAUCUCAAUAUUUUAAUUUUUACUAUUUUAGUAUCACAUUAAUCUCAGAGAGGCCUCUCUCGUGUCUCCAUCUCCUUGUUAUGAUGACUUAGUACCCGCCAGAGAAAUCUUUUAUGACUUACAAUCAUCUGACAACAGCCUCAGCGAAGACUGUCAUGUAUAAUCAUCUGAGAGAGGCGUCGAAACGGUGAAGAAUGUCAUCUCAAAGCUAUCUCCCAGUCAUGAUGACUUUCGGAGAUAAACCUGAUGAAGCGUUUCAUGAAAUGACUCGUCGGACGUUUUAUCCGACAAGUCUCGAUUCAUCCGACAGUUUCCGUAUUAGCAGUGAUCGUCAGUCAAUAAAAAACGAAGGAAAGUUGUCAGAUCUGACUUGUAAGACAGCUGUUGAUGAAAGUCUUCCCUCUCUCUGUGAUGACGUAAAACCAUCUCAGAGAAGCCUUUUAUCGAAGACUUGAUGUAGUUUCAGAGAAAUCUCUUAGUUAUGACUCAAAGCCGUCAUAGAGAAGUCUCUGAUACAUUUAAAAAGGUUUUAAGUUAAACCCAUCCCAGAAACGUUUCUUAACAAGAUGCUUAUUUAAAAGUACGAUUUGAGGAAGUGGAAUAAGAAAAGUAUUUUUAUGAUUUGCAUGUAGUCAUUAUCUAACCUUGAUAUUGUUAAUCUUUAUAGGUUUCCAUGGUGAAGAGAGUAAUGAAUUUUUUUGCGUUUAACACCAUGUACAUAGUCCUGAAAAGGACUAUAUGUAUAUCUUUCUUGGUCGUUUGAUAGCUCUUUAAAAAAACUCUUGUUGUAUGUCGGGCAAGAUAAAUCUUUAAAUCUAGAUAUUCCUUUAAUUUGUAUUUUUUGUCUUUUCUUAACAGAAGACAAAUUCUCCCUAGAAAUACAAAAAAAGGGGGGAAUAAUCGUAAGUGAGUACAUCAUUAUUCAAUUAGUAAACGUAUCAUCAUCAGUCCGAAUAUUGUCCGAAUAUUGGAGUGAAUAUUUCUUGAUUCCUUUAAUCAAUUUGUUCUGGUCCAUUCACGCCAUCCUUAUUGAUGAGUCAAAUACUUGGAUAUUGAAAUUGUUCCAAGAAAAGCAAACAAAGAUGACAGCACUGAGGCGAAAGAAUGAAUGCCGGAAUGAGAGAAAGGUGUGUGGCAAAGUUAUGGGGCAAAAUGCAUUUUCUGUAUAUGCUUUUCGAGAAAGUAUAUUGCAAAAAUUAUGUAUACAGCUGUGCUCCCUAUGUCAACAUUAAUUUUGACCAAAUACAAACGUUGGUUGUCAAUUUCGUUUCUUAUCUCUACUUUUGAAACGGUUUUUAAGGUUAAGUAAAUAAAAACUCAUUACUCGGGUGUGAAGGAUCGAUUAUUGAAAAUUGUAUGGAAUUGAUGGAGUAAUUUAUGAGUGAAACCAUUUCUUUGUGUGUGUUUUUUAGGAAUAUUCACAAUUUCAUCGCGUAAAAACACGCCAAUAGACCUCAUAAUAAUGAAACCACACUCGACUAUAGUGGGUCUCAUUCGCAUGUCAAAUUGAUUGAUCAAGUUCAUUUGAAGGUCCAAAUUAAUGUUGAAUGAAUCAUAAUUAUUCUGUACAAAAUUAAUGUCAUUUUUGUUGCAUUCCUUAAAAUUACUGAAUGUUAAUGAGAAUUCAAACAUUUAUCCAGAUGCCUUUGAGUGACAAAACUUUCACACGAGAUUCUCUUCGGCUAAUCAAGGUUAAUAUAGAGUGUUUUCAACCAGAAUGACCGCCCCUGUACCAUGUGUAUGUAAAGGAGUAUUUGCAAUGGUAUGAAGUGCCUGACGAUGGAUAUCGAUUUCGCGAUAACCUCAAAAGACCUAUAUUGAUUAAUUUGUUCUCCAAGAAAAAUUUAACAAAGCCCGGGAGAUCCAGGUAUUCCAUUUCCUGACGUAAUAAUGAUGUUUAUAGGGGCUACUUCAAAAUGGUAGCAAUAGCAGAAUAAUAUACAGAUGAUUGUUUGACAUGGUAUAAAAGAAAUAGACAAAAAAACUGUUACAAAUGCAAAAAAUAGCUCAACAC